AUUAAACCUGUCAGAGAAUCAGCUGAUCGGUUAUUCACAUACGUGAGAUCAGCUGUGCGUAAUCAUGGACGAGUUAACCGAAGAAGAUUUUGCAAUACCCCCUGCAAAAUAUGAGUAUUUGGAUCAUACAGCAGAUGUACAAUUACAUGCAUGGGGCGAUACUAUAGAAGAAGCUUUCGAACAAUGUGCGGUGGCCAUGUUUGGAUACAUGACGGAUUUAGAGCGCGUUGAAAUGACACAAUUACACUACGUGGAAGCAGAAGGACAUGACAUGGAAAGUCUUCUUUUCCAUUUCCUCGAUGAAUUAUUGUUUAUGUUUAGUGCCGAGCCAUAUAUCGUUGCAAAGAAAGUGAAGAUCACUAAAUUCGACCGCGCAAAUUUCAAGAUCAAUGCAAUGGCGUUAGGGGAAGAAUUUACGAUUGGUAAACAUUCUCAAAAUGCUGAAGUAAAAGCGAUCACGUAUUCUGCCAUGCAGAUUGUCGAAUCUUCAGAAACAGAAUGCCCAGAAAUUUUCGUAAUCGUAGACAUAUAGUUAUUUUAUAAUCUACUCGGUGUCUUUUUUGAUUUCUUGAUACACUUUUGGAAUUUAGCUUAGCUUAACACUUAAGACACAAAAGUGAGGAGGAACUCAUGAAUAUAGGAACAAGAAGGGAGAUCUAUACCCUCCCUUACAUCCUACAUAGGGUACGAUCCUUUUGUAGUUGCGUAGGGUUCAAAUAAAUACGUUACGAAGAAAACACCGGGCUCCCUUCUUGCCGACCUAUCUCAGGUACGUAGCAACAUAUUAAAGAAUCCUGCAACUUAUUGAUAAUUGCUCAAGAAUAUCAUAAUAGCACCGACGUAUAAUAAUAACGACGUAACUAAUAACAUAUAUAAAUGUGUUUAAAUAAUGUAAAUAUUUUCAUUUCUAAUUUUCUUUCUUACAUAUAUUUACAGUUAUUCGGUUACUGUUGUCAAUAAUAACUUUUAAAUAUAAGAAACGUAUGAUAAAUAUUAUAUAACAAAAUAUUUGUAUAUUUUUAUAAAUAUAUAAUAAAAAUAUUUUCUUAUGCCUUGUGUCAAUGAAAAUUUUCAUCAUUAAAAUGAAAUAAAUUAACAUAAAUAUUGUUAAAAUGAAAUUUCAGUUAAAAGAAAAUCAGAAUUAUAAAAUCAAUCAAAUUAAUAUUGAAAAUUUUCGAAUCGUUUGUUAAAAUAGAAAACAAAAUUGUGCGUGCUUUAGCACGUGUAAAGUGAUACGGCCCUGGUGUCCAACACCCCUCCAUCGUGAAGGAAGCGACGACCGCCCGCUUAGUUUCGGGCAAGAAACGAUAGGUAGUGGGAUCCUCCCAAUCUUCGGGUGUGUGUGUAGUAUAGAAAAAAGAAUCAAAAAAUAUUGAAAAUUAUAUAAUUCGAGAGAAUAUUA